UCUAACCAUGCGAUUAUCUGCCGACUGCUGCCCCUCUCUCUCAGGCGCUCUCGAUUUCGAUUCUCUGUGCUUUCGCGCCUCGCCUCUGUGGCUCUGCCGCUCUGUGCUCUCCUCGCCUCUCACGGUCUGUUUCGCCUCUCACGGUCUGUCUCGCCUCUCAGUGAAGCCCGUCUUGUUUAGAUUGAGAGGCUGCCCACCGCUUUUCACCCGUUCGAGUCUGCCCUGGACGCUCUCAACCAGUGUAACGAAGUCUCCGAAGAUUGGGCAGAGCCGCAGAAGUGAUGCUUUUGCAACAGAAUUUGACCUUGAAGCAGAAGAGUAUGUUCCACUUCCUAAAGGAGAGGUUCACAAAAAGGAGAUAGUUCAGGUUGUUAACUGGUAUAUUGAUGAAGGUGUAGCGGAGCUUGUCCCUGGAGUUCUGUUUAUUGAUGAGGUAAAUAUGCUGGAGAUGGACUGCUUUUCAUACAUGAAUCGUGCUUUAGAGAGCUCCCUAUCUCCAAUAUUAUUUGGUUAUCUUUAG